AAUAUAAAACCGGUUCUUAGAAAUACCUAACAGUUAUUCCAUCGUUAUUUCCAUAUUCUUCAACAUGUUCCGAUUUACGUUGUUUGUUUUAGCGAUUAUCGUAACUUUGAGCAAUGCCUUUUAUAUACCAUCUUACCUAUACGAUAGACCACAAUACUUAUUGCCUCCUCAGUUGAGAGAUGCUUCUGUUCAUGUAAGAGGUGAAGCUAGCAUAAAACUUGAUCCAACUGAAUUCAACAUCGGAAAAAUAAAAGGUGUCAUAGGUGGUAGUGCCCAAGGAAAUGGAGAAGGUACUAUAGUAUUUAGCACAUGAAAAACAUAGAGAUACCUUUAUCUGUUAUAAAAUAAAUUUUGUGGCCGUAAAAUAUAACAUUUUAACGAAAAUAUAGAAAAUAUAUUUAA